GGGGAACAAAUCGCGAGAUAACACGUGACACCGGAUAUGCAUGGGUUUUUCCGGUUUUCUAAUCGCUGAGUCUAACGUAGCUUGUGCAUUUCAGCUAAAUGUUUAUUUGUUAAUGCAUUAAAAAUUUUACGUUUAUGAUCUGCUUUUUUAAAAGCGUGUUGGAAUAAACCCCGCUGCUGGUCAGGAUGUUGGCUACGGGAGCAGCUGUAACAACAGCACUUGCUCAAGUGGACAGAGAGAAGAUCUACCUAUGGAUCAACGAGCUCUCCAGCCCGGAAACCAGGGAAAAUGCCCUUCUGGAGCUUAGCAAGAAGAGGGAGUCUGUACCGGACCUGGCUCCGAUGCUCUGGCACUCCUGCGGGACCAUCGCAGCUCUGCUGCAGGAAAUAGUGAACAUCUAUCCAUCCAUCAACCCCCCCACUCUGACGGCACACCAGUCCAACAGAGUGUGUAACGCCCUCGCUCUCCUCCAGUGUGUUGCCUCCCAUCCAGAGACUAGGUCUGCCUUCCUGGCUGCACACAUCCCACUCUUCCUCUACCCGUUUCUACACACUGUGAGCAAAACGCGACCGUUCGAGUACCUCCGACUCACAAGCCUGGGAGUUAUUGGCGCUCUAGUGAAAACUGAUGAGCAAGAAGUGAUCAACUUCCUUUUGACCACAGAGAUUAUUCCUUUGUGUCUUCGUAUCAUGGAGUCUGGAAGUGAACUCUCUAAAACGGUUGCUACUUUCAUCCUUCAGAAGAUUCUCCUGGACGACACCGGCCUGGCCUACAUUUGCCAAACAUACGAGCGUUUCUCUCAUGUCGCCAUGAUUCUGGGUAAAAUGGUCCUCCAGCUCUCCAAAGAACCAUCAGCCCGCCUGCUGAAGCACGUCGUUCGAUGUUACCUUCGACUGUCUGACAAUUCCAGAGCCAGAGAAGCUCUGAGGCAGUGUCUCCCCGACCAACUCAAAGACACCACGUUCGCUCAGGUCCUGAAGGAUGACACCACCACCAAACGCUGGCUGGCCCAGCUAGUGAAGAACCUGCAGGAGAGUCAAGUCACUGACUCUCGGGGGAUUCCCCUCCCCCAGCAGUGACCACCCUCUGCCUCCCCCUACACCCCGAUGAGGACAACCAGCAAGGAACUGCCAAACGGACAACAAGCCUUCAGUGUGGAGAUGUUUCCGAGAGACUAGCAGUCUCUUUAGCUCUAAUGAAUUCAUGUUAGCUACCUCUUCAGUAGUUCAGGCUCUGAUCUCACACCUGCUUCGGCGCUUUCACUGAUGCGGUAUUACCAUGUGCACAGCUCUAAUAGACCGAUGGACUCUAUCCAGACAGCUCUGUGACUCUGGAUGUAAUGGUUGUCUGAAAACACAUUAAACUGUUCAUAUUAAAGAAUCAGUGAAGCCAUGAGUGAUUCGGCUUUCCUUUGAUUACUCUGAAGGAAUGUCUAAUGGUUCAAUAACCAGAUGCAGCAGAUGUGAGGUCUGAACCUCCAGAUGGCUUUGCUCCUGUUUCUCUGUCGUUCUACUGUCUAACCAGAAGGGGGCGCCAGACCUCCACACAGCACAUCGACAAAGGGCUUCCUGACGUAUUAAGUCAUAAAGUACAAAAAUUACACAUUUGAUUAUUUCUUAUACAUAAAAAAUAAAUUGGUUUGGUUUUAGCUGGUAAUUCAGAUUACAGUGCAUUUUUAAAUGGUACUGAACGUUUUCAGAGCCUUAACACAUUUCACUUGCUGCUCCAAGUGAAAAUGCUCCAAGGCAAGUGUGGUUGGGGACGAUUUUGAUUCAAAGUCUUUAAAACUUUAGAAAAAAGCUUUAAAAUUAAAGCAUUUGUUAUGUUUUUGCUCUCAUUUCUGAAAGUUUGCAAAUUUUCCUUCAAACCAUUAAACUAGUCAGAGGAGGUG